AUGCGCGAGCUGGACGAGGAGCUACAUUUUCAGUAUUUCCGGAUGUCCAAGGAAACCUUUGACGAAAUUCUUGCAUUGAUUACUCCAAUAUUGGCUUCGGGCAUGAGUCAAACUGCAGCAGCCCACAGUUUCUGCCUUGGUCGAGCCACCGUAAAUCGCAUUUACCGCGAAACAACAAGAGCAAUUUGGGAUGUUAUGGGGCCUAUUUACGUCGGUCCACCGAGCGAAUCACGCUGGAAAUCUAAUGCGGAAAGGUUCAACGCGUCGUGGCAGUUUCCCAACUGCAUUGGUGCGGCCGACGGGAAACACGUAGUUAUUAAGAAACCAAAGAAUGGCGGUAGUCAGUAUAUCAACUACAAAGGGACGCAUUCAAUCGUACUUAUGGCUGUAGCGGGUCCCGCUUAUGAAUUUUCAUACGUGGAUAUAGGCGGCUAUGGUCGGCAGAGUGACGGUGGAACAUGGAGCAAGUGCGCUUUGGGAAAAGCGGUGGAAGAUGGGACGCUAAUAAUGCCCAAGCCCGAGCGGCCGUUAUUAUGCGAGCACCUGUUGCCGCACGGAUUUGUCGCGGACGCUGCGUUCCCGAUAUCAGUCCACCUGAUGCGGUUGUAA